ACAUCGAGAUUUGGUAUACAGUAUUACGUUACAAAUCUUGCUGGAAAAUGGCGACUGCAAUCCAGAAUCCUUUAAAAUCGCUGGGUGACCAGUUCUACAAGGACGCCAUCGAACACUGCCGCAGCUACAACGCCCGCCUGCGUGCGGAGCGCAGCGUGCGGAUGCCCUUCUUGGACUCGCAAACCGGCGUUGCCCAAAACAACUGCUACAUCUGGAUGGAGAAGUACCAGCGGCAGCCAGGCAGGACGUCGGGACAGAUGUAUGCCUACCCGGCUCGUUGCUGGCGAAAGAAGAGGCGACUCCACCCGCCCCUCGACCCCCAGCUACGCUUGUGUGAGCUUCGUCUAGAGGCCGAGUUGGCCCCCAAGCGCGAGGGCCCGCCGGGGGAGGCCACAGCCCUGGAAGCUCUUCUCAGAAGCGACAGCCUCCUGGAGAAGAAAAGCAACGUGUGCAAGGAGGAGGAGACUUUGCUGGAAAUACAGAGAGUGCUGGAGGCCGAGGAAAACGGAGACGGCUUUCAAGACGACGAAGACUUCGAGGCCGAUACGCCAAAGAGGAAGAACAGAAACAGAGGCAAAAACAGAGGCUCCAGUCGCAAGAAGACCGAAGCGGUCAAUGCAGAUGACCAGGACAAACCUUACGUUUGUGACAAUAGACACAAACAAAAGCAUAACUCAAAAAAGGCUGAAGAAGUCUGCGGAAAGCGCUACAAGAACCGUCCUGGGCUGAGUUACCACUACACGCACACUCACCUGGCAGAGGAGGAAGGGGGCGACGAGGAGAAGGAGACCGAGCUGGCCCCGUCCCCACCGCGAUACUCUGACAACCACAAACCUCAGAAGGGUCCCGACGGCGUCAUCAUUCCCAACGACUACUGCGACUUCUGUCUCGGAGACCAGGACUCCAACCGCAAAACGGGCCAGGCCGAGGAACUGGUGUCCUGCUCCGACUGUGGACGCUCCGGCCACCCAUCGUGUCUGCAGUUCACCGACAACAUGAUGCACGCGGUGAGAACGUACCAGUGGCAGUGCAUCGAGUGCAAGUCCUGCAGCCUCUGUGGCACUUCAGAAAACGACGACCAGCUGCUGUUCUGCGAUGACUGUGACCGAGGCUACCACAUGUAUUGCCUCAAGCCGCCCAUGACCCAGCCUCCAGAAGGGAGCUGGAGUUGCCAUGUCUGUGUGGACCUGUUGAAAGACAAGGCCUCAUCCUUUGGCGAAGCAUAAUGGCCGCCACUCCCUCAGCGUACACACACAAUACUGUAUAGCCUUUACACGCUCGCAGUGUACACACAUUGAAUGGGACCCAAUAGAGAAAAAUGAAACGCCUCUUUCUUAUGCGUAUCCUCUCCAAAGGAUCAUCCAAUUUUGACGCCGUCUAGUACAGUUGUCUAUCACCAAGGAUAGAGAACAAGCCCUGCCACGAAUAUUGAAAAAAUAAUGUUUUUUUUAUUGAUGCCCCCCCCCCAAAAAAGUGUUUAUAAUGUUACCUGAUGAAGUGUCCAGCGGGCCCCUUUAUACACACACUCCAGUGCAGUUUUGGGGAUUUGGGAUUUUUUUUUUUCUCUCUCUACCUCUCAUGUAGCCAAGACCACCUUUCACUCGUCCGUCUACCUCACCGCUCUAGCGAAUCUCAUAAAUCUUUUCCAUUUUUUUUUUUUUUUUUAAAUUAUUUCACCUAAACUGUACAAUUCAACUGAAAAAGAAGUAAAUCUGAGUGGGAUUUCUUUUUCCAAGUGUAAAAAAAGUAUGUUGUUUGGGAAAGUGCGUCUUCCCUUUAAAUCCGUAAUUCAGAAUUCAUUUUCCUUUGUUCAAAACAGGAAAUUGAAAAAAAUUCUAUAUCUAUUUACAUCAUAACAUACUCAUGUUUUUGACCCUGUAAAGCAAAAAAAAUAAAUAAAUGUGAAUUUGACACACCACGGAGAAAAGUGUUGUUAACAACCGUGCCAAAUUUUAAUGAUUAAAAAUAUUGCUAAGUCUAUAAAGUAAGCCUCGAAAAUGGUGAAAAAUAAAGCCUGGAGUUGGACGUCGGCCACGAGAUUAAUGGGAAAAAAUGGAGCAGGUUCAACCACCGCACAGCAGACGGAGAAGUCGAAAAUGGUACGGGGAUAACGACAGAUCGGAAGAAAGUCGUCCAUCUGAGCCGUCAAGAUAGAAACUGACGAGAGCUACCCGGCUAGCGGUUCCAGCCAGCGAGAGUUUCCCGCAACCAAAACAGGUGAAAGCCUGCCUGGGUUCCACCUUUGGUCAUGGUACGGUGAUGAACAUAAUGUGACUGCCAACAGGUUGCCCAAAUAUAUCACAGGGACGUUUAAGUUCUAACUGUAUAUAGUAGCGGCAUGACCCAAAAAUUACUUAAUUUCAGAAACAAAUGACACACGAAAAUGACAAUUCAGAUUUUCAAAUGUAAACAGUAUGACUUGUCAAGUCAUGUAAAUGUAU